AUGAAACAAACUCUUGGUUCAAUGGACUCAUACAAACCGUCACUAACCUAGCGAUCUGAAGCAAGUCAGACCUUUUUUUAUUGGAAUAAAUUCACAGUAGGCUUAUACAUGGAAAAGACGAGGCUACUAGUCCAUCCAAAUUCCAAGAGGAGUAGUGUCGUAGUUUGGCCACGACGAAAUGGUACAAUCUGAGUGGCCAAUUGAAUUAAUCUCAUUGUUACAUUGGCCUUUAUAUACAACAAAUAGCUGCCUAAUUAAUCGACAAACAAAAAAAUAAAUUAAAAUAGCUACCUAAUUCACACUAGUUGAGGCAAUUAUCCAAUGCCUUGUUGACACGUGACUAACAGCAAACAAUAAUUCCUAUAGAACCGAGUGGAACUUGACAAAAAUAUAACAAGACACUUUCUCACCCGGUUGGUAGGUGUUUCUAUAAAUAAACACUAAAAUGUGAUUUUAUAGACACUUCUGAGUUGGCCAUCAAGUAGAAAGACUAGUUUUAGGAGGUCGGAGGUGAAAAGGUUUAUGCUCUCCCUUAACUUUUGUUUCUGUCUGAAAUUACAACCAGAGAGAGAGAGAGAGAGAGAGAGAGAGAAUGGAUUUCUUGAGUUUUUGUAUGGUCCUCCUAACGAGUCUUUUCUUUGUGUUCUUGUUCUCAAUUCAAGCCCUCAGAAGCAAAGCCAACCCCAAAAGGCAUCUUCUUCCACCUGGACCAAAGCCACUUCCUUUCAUUGGCAAUCUCCUAGAGCUUGGAAACAAACCCCAUCUCGAUUUUAAAGAGAAAAGGAAUCUUUCUCAUAUCUAUGGCCCCAUUAUAACUCUGCAACUCGGCCAAGUAACAACGGUGGUUGUUUCUUCGUCAAACACAGCCAAACAAGUCCUCCAAACCCAUGACCAAUUCUUGUCCAACCGAACCCUGCCAGAUGCAAUCCAAGCCAGUGACCUUCGCGGAGACAGCCUGCCCUGGAUACCAACUUCAUCCAAAUGGAGAAGCCUUCGAAAAAUAUGCAACUCUCACUUGUUCGCCCCAAAAAUCCUCGACGCCAACCAACCCAACCGCCGCAUGAAAGUGCAAGAGCUCAUAUCUGAUGUCAAUGAAAGCUUGGUCAAAGGUGAGGCGGUAGACAUUGGCAGGGCCGCUUUCAAAACGACGCUCAAUCUGCUGUCGCGUACUAUCUUCUCUGUGGAUUUGGCUGACGCAAGUAGCGAGAUGGCCAGAGAGUUCAAGGAGACUGUGUGGGGUUCGAUGGAAGAGGCAGGGAAGCCAAACUGGGCGGACUUUUUCCCUGUUCUUAGGAAAAUUGACCCCCAGGGAAUUAGGCGGCGCAUGAUCAAACAUGUCCAGAAGAUAGAACAGGUCUUUGACCGCAUCAUUAGCCAAAGAUUGGAAUCUAGAAAAGCACAUGAUUAUCUCACAACCAAUGAUAUAUUGGAUACUCUUUUGAACAUCAGUGAAGUGAACAGUGAGGACAUGGACAUGACCAAACUUCAACAUCUGCUUCUGAUUCUAUUUACUGCGGGCACAGAUACAACCUCUGCCACGUUGGAAUGGGCAAUGGCUGAGCUGCUACGCAACCCUGAAAAGAUGUCAAAAGCUCAACAAGAGUUGGAUAAAAUCAUUGGCAAAGGAAAACCAGUAGAGGAAGGAGACAUUGCUCGGCUUCCUUACUUCCAAGCAAUAAUCAAGGAGACCUUUCGGUUGCACCCAGCAACUCCAUUGCUUCUCCCUCGAAAAGCCGAUUCAGACGUUGAAAUAUGCGGGUAUAUUGUACCCAAGGGUGCACAAGUGUUUGUGAAUGCAUGGGCCAUCGGCAGAGACCCCAGCAUUUGGGACAACCCAAGCUCAUUUGUGCCUGAGAGGUUCUUGGGAUUGGAUGACCAAAUUGAUGUUACCGGGAAAAACUUUGAGCUUAUCCCAUUUGGUGCUGGGAGGAGAAUAUGUCCUGGCUUGUCAUGGACAAUGCGAAUUCUGCCCUUGAUGUUGGGUUCACUCAUUAACUCUUUUGAAUGGAAGCUUGAAGAUGGGGUUUUACCAGAGACCUUGAAUAUGGAAGAGAAGUUUGGCCUCACCUUGCAGAUGGCUCACCCUCUUAGAGCUGUGCCCAAGUCAUUUUGUGAAAUUUAAUGGAGUCUAUAUUGUUGGAUUUUAUGCAAGAAUUGGAGAAGAGAAUAAUGAUAGACCGUGACAUAUAUUUGUGAUAGACUGUCUGAUUCGUGUUUCCUAGGUGCUUAGAAUUGUGGACUGCCUUGGCAUUAGGGAGGCUUGUCUCCCGCCUUGCAUUAGGGAUCUUGUCUCCCUUGUUUGUAUCUGUACUCGGUAUUCUAUAAGUAUAAUGAAAUCCCACAACUCAACUAAC